AGCUCUUCGACAUCGGCGGCUCGUGGCACGGAAAAACGCUAAGACCGCGCAAAAUUUAACAUCGCCCGUCCACACACACACACACACAUACAGUCACAAGCGACAGUGUGUUCCAUAUGUGUAAUCAAAUCGUUCGGAGCCCCGCCGUUUAUAUAUAGAAAAUUUCAACGCACGCAGCUCUGAGGAAAACUAAAAUACGAAAAUAAAUUACGAAAAUCGUGGCCACUUUUCACAAGGCGCACCAAAAAAAAUGAAAUGAAUAGUAUCGCACUUUCCACGGGCUCGCGUUAAUCGCAGUUAUUAUCGUUAUUAUUAUUCGCAUUACGCAUACGCCCCGUGUCCCGCUCGGCGUGCUUGUGUGCCUGUGUGCGGUGGAGAGCGAAAAGAAAAGCUCUGCUUGCGUCGCCGUCGACGUUGCGACUCCACCCUAAAUUGUAUAUCAAUUUUGAAGUGGUAUUUCGUGUUUCUCAAAGUGUACCGCCUGCCUGCUUGACCAGAAACGGGGCCAAAUGCCACGAUAUAGUCCCUACGAACAAUACCAGUGAGAAUCGAAUCGAAUCGAAAACAAAAAACACAAGGAAAAUGCGAGAAAAAUGUUUGGUUUAUGCGAAAAGUUGAUGACACAUUUCGCUGUCAUUUUGACCGCAUUUUCUCUCUCCCAGCCGCUGUUGUUGUUGCUGAUUUGCGGGCCGCAUGGCGGCACCUUCCCCACGCCCUUCACCACCCACUGGGCGGAGGCCUCGGCGGCGGAUGAAGCCGUCGGCAAGUGGGCAACCCAGUUUGGCGACGAGCUGUUCGCGCUGGCGCAGAAGAUCACCAAGUCGCAGGAGAUCAAGGAGAAGUACAAGGAGUACAAUGCCCGCGUGGAGCUGAAGAACGGCACCGAACUGAUUAAGUCGAUAACGAAAAAUGUGGGCAGAAUGCUGGCGAGGAAGAUGGACGCGGUGCGCUGCAUCCAGGAGCGGGCGGAAUACGUGAACGAGAACUUUGAGUUUAAUCUCACCUAUGCGCUGCAGAACUUCACCUACUUCUCUAGCAAGUAUUCGACCUUCAAUGGAAACAGUUCCGAGGAGCUGGAACCGAAUGAGGCUGAGUUCGCCUGGAUGUAUCGGAAUAUGGAGCUGAAUCCGGACACACACUUCUACAAUACGCCAGUGGACACGGAACACAGUUCGGUGCACGUGCCAUCGAAUAUAUGGGAUCGGUCGGAGCGCGUUCUGAAGACCAUAAUGUGGUCCGAGCAUCUGGACGAGGUGUUCCGGCAGAAUUACCAAUCCGAUCCGGCCUUGUCUUGGCAGUACUUUGGCUCCGAUACGGGAAUCCUUCGGCACUAUCCGGCUGCCCAAUGGACUGAUACCAGACCAAAUCGGGAUGAUGCCGACACCUAUGAUUGCCGCAAGAGGUCUUGGUACAUUGAGACAGCCACGUGCUCAAAGGACAUUGUCAUCCUGCUGGAUCAUUCGGGUUCAAUGACGGGUUUCCGGCAUCACGUGGCAAAGUUCACCAUUCGCAGCAUCCUAGACACUUUCUCCAAUAAUGAUUUCUUCACCAUUCUGCGGUACUCGAGUGAGGUGAAUGACAUAAUACCCUGCUUCAAUGGAGCCCUCGUCCAGGCGACACCUGAAAACAUAGAGGUCUUCAACCAGCAAAUCGAACUGUUGGACGAUCCCGAAGGAUAUGCUAAUCUCACCUUGGCCUACGAGACGGCCUUCCAACUGCUGCGAAAAUACUACGAUAGUCGCCAUUGUGUCACCAAUUCAACGUGCAACCAGGCCAUCAUGCUGGUCACCGACGGAGUGGCUGGAAAUACCACCGAAGUCUUUCAGAAGUACAACUGGGGCAAUGGCGAAAAUGGAACCUCGCAGAUGGACACCCGUGUGUUCACCUAUCUGCUGGGCAAGGAGGUCACCAAGGUGCGCGAAAUCCAGUGGAUGGCCUGCCUCAAUCGGGGCUACUACUCGCAUGUCCAAACUUUGGAUGAGGUCCACGAGGAGGUGCUCAAGUACGUCGAUGUCAUUGCCACGCCCUUGGUGCUGCAGAACGAACAGCAUCCGCCCACCUGGACGCACGCCUUCACCGAUAAAACGUACGAUCCAAAAACUUCCAAUGAGAAACGACCUCGCCUAAUGAUAUCCGUGGGAGUGCCCGCCUUCGAUCGCUUCUAUCGCCACGUGAACAGCACCAAUCCGAGGGCACGUUUGUUGGGAGUCGCUGGAACAGACGUGCCCGUGGAAGAUAUAGACAAGCUGACACUGCCCUACAAGCUGGGUGUUAAUGGCUACUCUUUUGUGGUGUCCAACAAUGGAUAUGUUCUGCUGCAUCCCGAUCUGCGACCCAUUGGGACCAAUGGAAAGAUGAAUCCCAACUACAACAGCAUCGAUUUCACCGAAGUGGAGCACCUGUUCGAGGACCAAAGUCCUCGGGAACCGGGCGAAUCUAUUCUACACAUACGCAACGCCAUGGUGCGCCACGAAGCCAAUGAGUUCAAGAGCAUAUCGGUCAAGUUUCACUAUGACAAGAUGCGCCGUGUUUCCGAGGAGAAGCAGGACUACUUCUUUGCCCCGCUGCCCAACACACCAUUCACCUUGGGCAUCGUAAUGCCCACCGAAUAUGGCAAAACUUGGAUCAAAGUUGGCGAGGAGGUGGACAAGAACAAGCACAUGAAGAUAAAUAUAUCGGACUUCUUCAUCGGCGAAAACUGGAAAGUUCAUCCGGAUUGGGUUUAUUGCAAAUACCACUAUCUGGAGGGUCAUGAGUUUAAAACACCUGAGGCGGAGUUGCGCGAGUUUCUGGCCAAGAUGCAAAACGAUUGGAAGUGGUCAGAGCAGUAUGCGGAGGAUGAAUCCGACUGGGACGACAAAGAUGAUCUGAACUGUGGUCGCAAAACGCUUGGUGAUGAUGCCUACUAUUGCAACAAGGAGCUGGUGAACCUGCUCAUCUUCGACGCCAAGGUAACGAAUUCCAGCUACGGUGUUUGGCGCUUCGAGAGCGACGAGGAACGGCAGUUGAUCGAGCGUUUCGGUGCUGAUCUGCGAUUUGUGGCCACCAUGAGUGGCCUGACCCGCUGGCAGUUUAUCUUCGGAGAGGUUGAGGUGGACACGGAUCGGGAAUUCGGGGAUUACCACACCACGGCCAUCGAUGAGACCUGGUACAAGAGUGCCAUUCUGCAGCAUCACGAGGAUCGAGCGGAGAGCUUCGUCUACUCGGUGAAGUACUACGAUGAUCCCAUGGAGGACAGCGAGGUCAAGGUCACCGCCUCACAUGCCAUCUUUCCGAGGGACGGCGGCAAGGAGGCGCCCGCCUGCGUAGUGGGCUUCCAGUUUUCCCACGCCCGCAUGUGGGAGCGCUUCUUCAGCAUCACCGCAGUGGAUCAUUGCAACCACUGCUUACCCAUCUGCACUGAUGACGACGUGGAUUGUGUGGUGAUUGACAAUAAUGCGUACAUCGUGAUUGGACAGAAUAUCAACACCACUGGCAAGUUCUUUGGCGAGUUCCACGGCGAUGUCAUGACUGCGAUGGUGGAACGGGGCAUCUUCCUCAGCAUAGAGGUAUACGAUUACCAGGAGCAAUGCAAGGAGGAGCCAAAGGCGGGUAGCGAUGGACACGGUCUGCUGCAUCCUCUUCGAUUGUUAAGCCUCGGCUGGAAGUAUUUAGUAGGCCGACUCUUCUUUGAAUACCAGAGGAUUCAAUGGUGGGCUGAUGGAGCGCCAUUUAUGGAAUACACAGAUGAGAUUGAAGACGAGUACGUGGCCGUGGGUGAUGGAGGAAAGUCUUCAGCUUCGAAGCCAAAAGAUGAUAGCGACGACGAAAACGCCAUGUUCGAUGAACCCGAACCCGAUCCCAUCUAUAAGGCGUGUGACAAGCGAUCCACUCUUUAUGCACUGCAGCCAUCUGCCCUCGUGGGCAUCAAUGACUUUGUGGAGGCGCCUUCAACUCGACCCUUCUUGGUCAAGAAGAUCCCGAACUCCAAUCUGGUGCUGGUGGUGGUCAAUGUCCUGAUGCCGUCGCGUAGCGUUCGCCUGACCACCGAACCCCAGCGGAUGGAAUACGAUAAGGAAUUCCCCUGCUAUAAGCUCAACAUGAGCUUCUACGAACGGCGGCGCAUCGAAGAGUGUUAUACGGUACACGAAGAUGAGGAACUGUACACCUAUUGCGGCAAUGCCUCGCGGCUGGUUUUGACGCUUCAGCUAAUGCCGCUGACCAUAAUUUUAGUGUUUUACCUGACGCACAGCUUUAUGCGUUAGGUACAAUGUACACAGAACUAUACAUUAUACAACUAUUAUGUACUAUACGCGACUACGAUCGGUUUGUUGUUUAUACAUAUACAUAUAUAUAAAUAUAUUUUUGGUUUUCUAUAGAUCGUAAACUAUGCCGUAGUCCAAUACUUUGUCGAAUGUUUAACAACAGCGCAAAAAAAACAAAAACUGGCACAAUCUUCGGUACUAAAACCACUAUAAGCAAGAACAAUUUCAACUUUUAGACUUACAAACUGCGCCAAAAAUUAUGAAACUGGGUCUUACUUUAUUUUAAAAAUGUAGUGAACGAUGGAGGCCGCUGUAAGCAGAGGAGACAACUUAAAGACCAACGAUUUCACACGAUGAGUUUCCUUGUUCCAAGCUGCUCCUUCAACAGUUUCUUAGAAUCUUAAUGAACGCAAUGUUUUUUUAUAUAUACAAUACCUAACGCCUAUAGAAAAAGAACCCACGUUUCAAGGACUAUUUUGAUAGAUUAAUAUGGUGCAACCAAUGCCAAAUAUUAAAUGAAUAAAUUAGCAAAAAAUUAGUAAAUGCGAACAAAAAUAAUUCGAAUGACAAUUAUUUUUGUAAUUUUAUAAAACUUAGUUGAUUUUGUACAACAAUAAAACGUAUAAAUAUUAUAAAACACGUAAAAUGAUGGAGAAGCAAAAAAAUACACAAAACACCUACUUUUGUUAGGAAUAUUCGCGAUUUCUCAAAGCCGAAUAGAAUGGUUUUCGUUUUUGAACGCAGCCUAAAACGGUUUACAACAGAUAAUAUUUAAUGUUAAUGCGGCGAACAUUUUUCAUAUGUUUUCCAACGGUUUUGUAAAGUGUACUUUAUUGAAUGUAAUGUUUUUAAAACGGCAAGUUAACGCACAGAUUUGUAAAACCAAGCAUAGGACCACCUGUAAAGUAUGCAAUACUUAUUUAAUACUGAGUUCGAAAACCCCAUCUAUAAUUUACAGCGCUCUUCAGGCCUUACACUAAGUCGAAAGUCUUUAGCAAGAUUUACACGGAAGAUGGAAGGGGAAACCAAACCUUAAAUGAAUACCAACCUAAUUGCCUUUGUAUCGUAUUUCGAAUGUGGAAACAAUUUAUGAACUUUAUGAAUUUAUGCCUAGAAACCUAAAACAAAAUAUGUAAGAUUAUGAUGAAGACAAUUUAAAUUAAGAUUAUUUUCAAGGAAAUGAAAUCAAAAGAAGACGGAGUUUUUAAAGGUGAGCUAAGAUGCUGAGAUGAAUGGCAAAAUGAAAUGAAAACAGUUAACUAUUAAAUGUAAUUUUUUAAACAAACUGAAUUACUAAUACAACCUUUAUUUUUUGGAGUGUUUAAACGUUGUAAAAUGUAUAAAAAAUAUGACAUAACAAAAUCUAGUUAUAAUGGUAUACGUGGAUUUGCUGCAAGUUCAUCAUCAAGUUAAUGUUCAUCUCUAUGAGUUAUAGGCUCUUUUUAAUCACAUUUUAUUAAAUUUCGACACGUAUACACAAUGUAUAUGACAUGUCCACUAAUAAUAAGAAAUGAUAAACAUUUUAAAUUUCCUUAGCAAAAUAAAUGAACUAAUCGUCGACAAAUA